GGAGAGCUGUCAGUGCUCUUAACCUCUGAGCCAUCUCUCCAGCCCCUGGAAUUGAUUUUUAAGGAGGGUGAUAGAUAUAGGUCUUCUUUCACUCUUCUACAUGUGGGCAAAGCUUUGUUUCACAAAGUGUCUCUGACAGUGGUGGGCAUAUUUUGGAGCUGAGUUUUCUCAGUGGGAGCCAAAUAGAUUCCAGCUCUUUCUGACUCCAGGCAGCUCCAUGUGUGCCCCCUUCCCAGGGUACAUGAAGCUUUCUCUUGGGUCUUUUUUUCUCCUCUUCUCUGGCUUCCCUGGUUCCUCAUGCCUUGAAUUUCUUUACUACCCCUGCCUCCUGCAAGGCUUCUUUGUGUCCCUUGAGGUGCUGCCAAUGGCUCAGAGAAAGAGGAAGGGGCUUAUAACCUCCUGGUGAGAGCAGAAACAUGCCUGUGCACAGUUGCCUGGCACAGGGGAGUGCCUCUGGGAUUGUAAUAAUUGUCAAGAAUGACUUCCUCAUAGCAUCUCGAGAGUGUUUAGUAGUUGAAUUUCUGUUUGUUCUUGUUUGGAGUUGCAUCCUCAAAGACCCCAAAUAUCCCCCCCUCAGAAUCCACCAGGUGCUAGGAGAGGAAGCGAACAGCCAUCAUUGUUCCACUAAAGAAAACCCUAGGAAUUCAAAUGAGAGGCUUGGCAGUUCCCAGGGGGCAGCUGAUCAUCUACAGGGUGCUUUCCUCCUGGGGACCCUGCCUUAGGCAGAGGCUGGACCACAAUAUCAGGCACAGAUUAGGUGCUCCUCUACUCGCUAGAGCAGGGAUGAAAUCCAUCCUGGGAGAAUCCCAGGCCCCUGUUUCUUCUCCCAGCCUCCCAGGUGUAGUUUUCUAGAGGGUCACUUCAUUUUUGUAGUGGGGUGCCUCUCAUUUAUCUCCUGGAAGGGCUUGCCCCAGCUGGAGGGGUCUGGGGUAGCAAUGUUGGGAGGAGUAGGGCCACAGGAUUGGCUGCUGUUCUACAGAUUCUGUCUAAAGAUAGCUGCUUGGUGUGGGGCAGGUUCUGUCUCACAUGUCAUGGAUGAUUGCUGGGUUGGGCUAAAGGAGGGACUGGGUGCCCUGCUUUUCUGUGUCAUUUCUACAUCGUGGCAUGUCUUUGCUGCACCACCUCUGCCAGCCUCUGGGUUGCUCAGGGCCCGUGCUGCCUCUAUGAGGUUGGAUCUCUCUUUGGGAGCUGCAUUGUCCUGUGUCCUGCAUCUCCAUGGCGUGUGGUACCUCCACUGUGUCCUGUACAUGCGCUCUCUUCUCUCUCCUUCUCCAGGAAGCCUUCCUUGAAUACCCCCAGUGAUGUCAACCGUUGCCCCAAAUCGUGGCUCAUGUCUCUAGAUGCUUCCUUGUCUUUGGCUUCUAGGGCAGGGCCUGGUCUCCUGCCUUAGGCUCUGCACGUGCCACGCACCUAUUCCCCAGGUGUGUCAGAGCAGAUCAGCCGCAGCAAGUGGCAGACACAGUCAGACUGAGAACAUCUUGCUCUCCAAGGCCCAGCCCAGGGACGGGAGGGGAUAAAAGUCUCGUGCCAGGGCCCCAGGGCCUGAAGCAUACACACUGUGACCAUCUCCAGUCUGUCUGAAGCUGCGGGCCUGUCUGUCUCUGCCAUGUCUCUCUCCCCUUGCCGGACCCAGAGGGGCUUCAGUGCUCGCUCAGCAUGUUCUGCUUUUUCAGGGGCUCGGGGCAGGGCUGGCUUCAGCAGCAGGAGCCUUAGCUCCUCCAGAAGAUGCAGAGGAAGCUCUUGUGAGAGGGUCUGGGGGGCAGAGGCCAGGCAAGGGCUACGGUUUGGGCGUGGGAGUGGAGGGCCUGGUCUUUCCCAGUGCCCUCCAGGGGGUAUCCAAGCGGUGACAGUCAACCAGAGCCUACUGACCCCACUGAAGAUUGAGGUUGACCCCCAGUUCCAGGUGGUGAAGACACAGGAGACUCAAGAGAUCAGAACUCUCAACAACCAGUUUGCCUCCUUCAUUGACAAGGUGCGCUUCCUGGAGCAGCAGAACAAGGUCUUGGAGACCAAGUGGGAGCUGUUGCAGCAGCUGCAGGGAAACCGCAGUCCUCAGGGCCUGGAGCCCAUCUUUGAAGCCUGCCUGGCCCGGCUCAGGCAACAGCUGGAGGAGCUGCAGAGAGAGCGAGGGGCUCUGGAUUCUGAGCUGAAGACCUACCAGGAUCAGGAGGAUGAGUACAAAUCCAAGUAUGACCAGGAAGCUCACAAGCAUGCCUUGGUGCAGAAUGACUUUGUGGUCCUUAAGAAGGAUGUGGAUGAGGUAUUUCAGAGCAAGAUGGAUUUGGAAGGCAAGCUGGAGUCUCUGAGAGAAUACGUCUGCUUCUUGACACGUCUGUAUGAAGAAGAACUGGGACAACUGCAGACCCAGGCAGAUGACAUGUCUGUGGUGCUGUCCAUGGAUAACAACCGUUGCUUGGACUUCAGUGACAUCAUCGCUGAGGUCCGUGCCCGGUAUGAGGAGAUCACACAGACUAGCAAGGCUGAGGCAGAGGCCGUGUUCCAGACCAAGUACCAGGAACUCCAGGCAUCAGCCCAGCUUCAAGGGGAUAGCAUGAAGGAAGUUCGGAUGCAGAUUUCCCAGCUUCGGCAGACCAUACAGAAGCUGCAGAGUCAGAUUUCCAGCCUCAAGAUGCAGAAUGGUACUCUGCAGUCUGCCAUUGCCGAUGCUGAGCAACACGGGGAGAUGGCUCUGAGGGAUGCUCAGGCCAAGUUGGAUGAGCUGGAGACUGCUCUGAGAACAGCCAAGCAAGACAUGGCCCAAAUGUUGCGAGAAUAUCAGGAACUGAUGGGCACGAAGUUGUCCCUGGACGUGGAGAUUGCCAUGUAUCGAAGGCUGCUGGAGAGCGAGGAAUGCAGGAUAUCUAAGGAGUACACCAGCCAGGUCACUGUCUCCACGGCAGAAGGCAGAGUUGUUGUCCCUGGAGGAGUUGGUGGAGGCCAAGUGGUCAUACCUGGAAGAAUUGGAGGAGGCCAAAUGAUUGUGCCUGGAAGAAUUGGAGGAGGCCAAGUGGUCAUACCUGGAAGAAUUAAUGGAGGCCAAAUGGUCAAGCCUGGAGGAGAUUGUGGAGGUCAAAUGGUCAUUCCUGGAAGAGUUGAUGGAGGCCAAAAGGUCAUUCCUGGAAGAGUUGAUGGAGGCCAAGUGGUCAAGCCUGGAGAAGACUGUAGAGGGCAAAUGGUCAAGCCUGGAGGAGUUGAUGGAGGCCAAAUGGUUAUACCUGGAAGAGUUGAUGGAGGCCAAAUGGUUAUACCUGGAAGAGUUGAUGGAGGCCAAAAGGUCAUACCUGGAAUUGUUGAUGGAGGCCAAAUGGUCAUGCCUGGAGGAAUUGAUGAAGGCCAAGUGAUCGUGCCUGGAGAAGACUGUAGAGGGCAAAUGGCCAUGCCUAGAGGAGAUUGUAGAGGCCAAAAUGUCAUACCAGGAAGAGUUGAUGGAGGCCAAAUGGUUAUGCCUGGAGGAGAUUGUAGAGGCCAAAUAGUCAUGUCUGGAGGAGAUUGUGGAGGCCAAAUGGUCAUGCCUGGAGGAGUUGAUGGAGGUCAAAUGGUCAUGCCUGGAGGAGAUUGUAGAGGCCAAAUGGUCAUUCCUGGAGGAGAUUGUAGAGGCCAAAUGGUUAUGCCUGGAAGAGAUUGUGGAGGCCAAAAUUUCAUACCUGGAAGAGUUGAUGGAGGCCAAAUGGUCAUUCCUGGAGGAGAUUGUAGAGGCCAAAUGGUCAUGUCUGGAGGAGAUUGUGGAGGCCAAAUGGUCAUGUCUGGAGGAGAUUGUGGAGGCCAAAUGGUCACGCCUGGAGGAGAUUGUAGAGGCCAAAUGGUUGUGCCUGGAGGAGUUGGUGAUGGCACUUGUGGACUCAGAGGCUGGAAAGGCAGCUUUGGAUCUAGAGGCUGCUCUAGCAUUGUAACUGGUGGCUUUGAUGUCCCCCAGGGAUCUGGGUGCAGUCCCAGCAUGAGUUCCUGCUCCGUGUCUGGCUCUGGCUUCAGUUCUGGCUCUGGCUCCUGCUGCCGCACCAUCCUGAAGAAGACAGUGGAAUCAAGUCGGAAGACAUCUGUCAUUUACUGAGUGACCAGGCAAUCAUAUCCCUUCUGAACCUAGUAGCCUUGCUCCCAUCCCUUCCCCCAUGUCCAAUGUCCACAACCCGAGACAGCCCAUUGGGCACUGGAGAAAGUCAAUAAAGUCUGCCUGCUUGCUGUUCCAAGUGCUCAGCUGGCAGGCCUUGCUCUGCA